AUGCAGAAGAAGAAAACCCAUUUCCCCCUUAUCGCGCUCGUGUUCUUCGUUUUCAUAGCCCUCACAAUCCUCUACAACGAGUCCAACAUUCAAGUGAUUCACACAGAUGAUGAUAAUGGCGACCGGCGCCCAUCGACGCUCCAAGACGGUUCUUUGCUCAAACCCGCGCCAACCCAGAACAUUAAUCUCUCGAAAAAUUCUCCAGUUGGUCUGGAUAAAUUCAGCAAGUGUGCUUCCACGGUGAGCUAUGGUGGCCGGAGAGGUGUUUCAGCCGUUAACAAGGCGGUGUUUGGCGGCCGGACUGAAGUCGAAUCCUGCAAUAUUUUUUUGGGGAAAUGGGUUUUUCAUAACAUUUCAUAUCCUUUAUAUAAUGAGUCCGAUUGUCCUUACAUGUCUGAUCAAUUGGCUUGUGGAAAACACGGUAGACCCGAUUUGCAGUACCAGUUUUGGAGAUGGCAGCCACAAGGCUGUAAUUUGAAAAGAUGGGAUGCAAGGGAAAUGUGGGAGAAAUUGAGGGGAAAGAAGUUAAUGUUUGUGGGGGAUUCUUUGAACAGAGGGCAGUGGAUUUCAAUGUUGUGUUUGUUGCAGUCUGUUAUUCCAUCCGAUAAACGGUCGAUCACACCAAAUUCCGAGCUCACGAUUUUUAGAGCAGAGGAUUAUAAUGCGACUGUGGAAUUUCUUUGGGCACCCCUUCUUGUUGAAUCCAACUGUGAUGAUGCGGUUGAACAUCGAUUGAGUGAAAGAAUAAUUCGUCCCGAUUCGAUUCUAAGGCAUUCGUCGAAAUGGGAGCAAGCCGACAUUUUAGUCUUCAAUUCGUACUUAUGGUGGAGACAGGGCCCAGUCAAGUUGUGGUGGAGCAAUGAAGAGAACAAUGUUUGCCAAGAAAUUAGUGGGCUUGGAGGCAUGGAGUUGGCUUUGGAGUCGUGGGCCGAUUGGGUUGCGACCCAUAUUGAUCCCUUGAAGAAGAAGGUUUUCUUUGUUACCAUGUCGCCUACACAUCAAAAGAAAGACGAAUGGGAGUCUGGAAGUGAAGGCAAUUGUUACAACGAAAAAGAGCCAAUAAACGACAAAAAUUACUGGGGAAGUGGGUCCGACUUGCCCACGAUGCGUAUGGUGGAAAAAAUAUUGACUCGGUUGGGUUCGAAAGUCUCGGUUCUCAACAUCACUCAGCUGUCUGAGUACAGAAAAGAUGGCCAUCCCACGAUUUACCGUAAGUUUUGGGAGGCGGUGGGGCCCGAGAAAUUGGCAAAUCCAUCGAGCUAUUCUGAUUGCACACAUUGGUGCUUGCCGGGCGUGCCUGACGUGUGGAACGAGUUGCUGUUUCAACUUUUGUGA